GCUGCUGGUCUUAAAAGCAGAUAAAUCUAAGUGGAGAUUGGUGCAUGACUUGCGAGCGGUAAAUGAUGUGGUAGAGGACUGGCCAGCGUAGUCCCCAACCCACACACGCUUUUGACUAAUGUUCCACCAGAAGCAAGUUACUUUUCAGUGAUUGAUUUGUGUUCGGCUUUCUUCAGCGUUCCUCUGGCUGACCAGUGUCAGUAUCUGUUUGCAUUUACUUACAGAGGUGCUCAGUAUACCUAUACCAGAAUGCCGCAAGGAUUUAAACAUUCACCACACGUUUUUAAUCAGGUGUUGAAGGCAGACCUAGAGGGCAUACCAUUGGAAAGUACAUUGUUACAGUAUGUGGAUGACCUGUUGAUUUGCUCCCACAGCGAGGAACAGUGUGAGGCGGACACUAUAACUCUGUUAGAGAAGCUGGCGCACGGAAGACAUAAAGUAUCCAAAAAGAAACUGCAAUUUUGCACGCAGCAAGUGGAAUACUUAGGCAGGGUAAUAUCCAAGGGAGUGAAGGUGAUAGCACCAGAUCAGAUUGAGGCAAUAACUAAGGCCCCAAAACCCCAGACAGUAGGGCAGAUGAUGACGUUUUUGGGAAUGGCAGGGUACAGCUCAGAUUGGAUAGGAGAAUAUGCUGAGAUUGUGGCACCUUUAAGAAAGAUAAUGAAAGAAGCAGGACAUACAAAUUGGAAAAACGGCUUACAGUGGAAUGGAGAGGCGGAGACAGCUUUCAAUGCUAUUAAGCAGGAAUUGCAGUCAGCACCAGCAUUAGUUCUGCCUGACUACGAGAAGGUUUUUCAUUUGUAUGUAUCCAACCGACAGGAGGGUUUUGUCACAGCGGUUCUAACACGAGACAGGCACAGGAAAAGCAAAGCAGCCAAUAGCAUACUACAGUACGAGACUAGAUGAGGUGGCUCAGGGGUAUCCACCCUGUUAUCAGGGAUUGGCGGCGCUGUACUAUGCAUAUGAAAAGGCAUCAUCUGUAACCCUGGGCUAUCCUGUGACUCUGUACACACACCACAAAGAAGCAGAAUUGCUGGAAAGAGGGAAAUUUGUGCUGACGCCAGCCAGGAUAGCAGUGUAUCAGAUGCUAUUGACAUUUCCAGACAUAACUAUACAGAGAUGCACUACCAGUAAUAUAGCUGAUUUUGUCCCUUUGGGCUACGAAGGAGAACCCCAUGAUUGUGUAGGGAAGAUGAUGGCAUUUGCCAAAUUGAGAGCAGAUUUACGGUCAGAACCACUAGAGGAUGCAGAUAAAAAGGUUCUGUCCGUAGAUGGCUCUUGUUAUAGGGACUAUGAUGGAAAUCAUGCAGGGUUCUCAGUAGUACAGCAGGAUCAGUCGAGCUAUAAGAUUAUUAGGAUGGAGUCCUGUCCCCAACCGUGUUCAGCGGAAAUCAAAGCCCUGACAGCUGCGUGUGAAAUGAUGAAAGGUGAGACAGUAGACAUCUAUACUGAUUCGGCAUAUGUCCAUGGAGUAUGCCAUUUGUUCGGGGCAGUGUGGAAACAGAGAGGUUUUAAAAAAAGCAGUGGAGAUCCCAUACAACAUUGUCAGCGAAUUCUAGACUUAAUAGAAGCCAUGAUGAAACCUAAAGCAUUGGCUAUAGUAAAAUGCCAGGCACAUAAAAAGGGAAAUGAUGUAAUAACAAAGGGAAAUCAAGCUGCGGACAAGGCAGCCAGAAAAGCGUCUGGAUGUACAUUACCUGUCAUUGCCCCCCAGGUAAGCCUAGCUCCAGAACCUGAGGUAGAGGACCUAAUUGAAAUACAAGGUAAGGCAACUUUGGCAGAACAGACAAUGUGGAGAAAAAGGGGGGCCAAGCAGAACCCGGAAGGCUUGUGGAGCACGGAAGACGGUUUGUUGGUAGCGCCCACCCCUCUACUGACGAUUCUGAUUUCAGAAGCGCAUGGGAUUGACCAUUGUGCAAGGGGAGAAGUGAUAAAGCAAAUAAAGAAGGAUGGUUUUUGGUCACCUUACUUACAGGCUUCAGUGGACUUUGUCUUGUCACAGUGCGAGGUAUGCACACAGAAUAAUAUUCGGAAGGGAAUUACAACCCCAAUAGGUCACAUUCCUGUACCUGAAGGACCAUUUAAACAUCUAUUGAUCGAUUAUGUAGACAUGAUAAAGACAGUGAGAGGGAAAAGAUACAUACUGGUAGUAAUUGAUCGAUUUAGCAGAUGGGUGGAGGCGGUACCUUCAAGAGAUCAAGGGGCAAAGACAGUGGUAAAAUUUCUGACAAAUGAAGUGAUCCCAAGGUUUGGAAUACCUACAGAAGUUAGCUCAGACAAUGGUUCAGCUUUUAUCCAGAAAGUGGUCAAACUGGUACUACAAGCGCUGAGGAUAAAGCAAAGAUUUGGAUGUGUAUACCACCCUCAGUCGCAGGGCAUGGUAGAGAGAAUUAAUGGAACCCUGAAAGCCAAACUAAACAAAAUUUGUGCAGACACUAAACUUAAUUGGGUCGAUGCUUUACCGUUAGCAUUGAUGAGUUACCGCAUGCAAACUAAUCGAAUCACAUGCCUGACACCACAUGAGAUGGUCACUGGGAGGCCCAUGCCAGUGCCCCAGUGGAGAGGGGCGUAUAAGGGACCUAGUUUGGAACAAUUGGAAAUAGAAUUGAAACAAUACAUGCAGCAGCUAACUAUGAUACAUAGGUCUAUUUAUGCACUGGAGGCCUUGGGAGAACAGUUAGAUGCAACUAGCAAAAUGGCGUGGCAGAAUAGACAAGCAUUGGACUGGCUGUUGGCAGAAGAAGGAGGAGUUUGUGUGAUGCUUGGAGAGAAGUGCUGUACUUUUAUAUCAAAUAACACUAGUCCAGAAGGAUCAUUUACUAAGGCAAUGUAUAAGUUGAAAAGUCUAAGAAAGGAAGUUAAACAGAAUGCAGGGUCCGGACAUCAGUUAUUCGACUGGUUAGAAAGUAGACUCGGAGGAUGGGGAGCACGGCUGAUUAAAAUGGCAAUAACUGUCAGUAUUGUAUUGUUGAGCUGUGCGUUUGUGCUGUGCUGUUUUCUUCCUUGUCUCAAGUCUCUUGUAGUACGUGCUGCAACCAAACAAUUUCCGAUGCUCGUGCUCGUGGCAAGCUUAGUGGAGAAAGAAACACCGAAAAUGUAUCGUUACAGCCUACAACACCUGCAGGAUGAACAAGAGCAAAACAACAGUGUGGGAGUAGAUUGUAAGGGCUUCUGAGUCUUUUUCCCUGUCUCAGGUACAAAGGGACAGGUUUUUGGCUCAGCGGCCCAGGGUAGCAGGGAGAGAAUACUUUGAGGUCCUGGCACAGAAAAUUAUAGCUUAACCCGAGAUUUGGGAAUAAGUGCUUGAGUUUAUUGAGGCUUUUGUGCGCGGACUCCUAGUCUUCUUUCUCCGGGUCUCAAAGGGGGAAUAUAUUGGAGGAUAAAAGUUGCAUUCUUUGCUGUGUAACCAAAACUAUGUAGUCAGCUUUGAGAUUGCUAUUUGCAAUGUAUGUAUCCAAUUUAGUAGGAGAAUGAAAUCUUAAGAAUGUAGAAGACAAUGGUGUGUUAAUGAGAGGCUAGCUGAGAGGUGCAGAUUAUGUAUUCAGCAUUGUGUUUGCUAUCUGCUAUGCCUAUAUCCAAUUUAGUAGUAGAAUGAAAUCUCUGUAUUGUCUCUGUACUAUUGAACACAACAGUGACUUGGGAAUUAGACAAAUAAGAAGAUAAUGGUGUGUUAAUGAGAGGCUAGCUCAGAGAUAACUGUGGCCAGGGAUGAGGUAACUCCUGGCCCAAAAAGUAGAUUCGAACAUGAUUAAGUCAAUGGGUGGAAACAAUGGUGGCGGAUGUACGUGUGAUACGCAACUGUAGACCGAUUGGAUAUGUUAAUACAACUGGACCAGGAGAUUGCUAUAAAA